AGUUUGAUACUCCUCCUCACACACACACACGUACUACCGCCUAACUACAUUUCCCUUUUUAGCUUAUUCUAUUACGUUAGCACUCUGCCUUCUGAACUUCUCUUCUUCAUCCUCCCUUUAAUUUGUCCCUUUUUCUCUCUCUGUUGGUCUCAUCAAACGUAAAAAAAGAAGAAGAAAUUCUGUCCUCAAGGAACACGUUAAUCAUCUGCAGAAAGUAUAAGAAGGUGGCGAGAUUUGCUUUAUUCUUCCUCUUAAAUGCAAACUUUACGUUUCAUAGUCGAAGAGCAACAACAUGAUCAGCAAAAACUGGGUGGGUUGUCUCCCAAUUUUCUUUCUUCUGUUUUCUGGAUCAUUAUUCUCGUUGGCUUCUGCAACACCACCCGCAAAAAUUGUCAGUGGCAUUGCGUCGAACAUUGCGUCUGCGCUUUUCAAAUGGCUGUGGUCUCUUAAACCCGCCACCAAAAUCGGCAUGGCUGUUUCGAGUCGCUCAAUGGUGAAAUACGAAGGUGGGUAUACUGUAGAAACUGUGUUUGAUGGAAGCAAACUCGGGAUCGAACCUUACUCUGUGGAGGUAACUCCAUCUGGGGAGCUUCUUAUCUUAGAUUCGGAAAACAGCAAUAUUCACAAAAUCUCAACACCUUUAUCAACAUAUAGCAGACCAAAGGUUUUGGCUGGUUCAGUUGAAGGGUAUUUUGGUCAUAUUGAUGGUAAGCCAAGAGAAUCCCUGAUGAAUCACCCAAAAGGACUUACUGUGGAUGACAGAGGAAAUGUCUACGUAGCUGACACCAUGAAUAUGGCUAUCAGAAAGAUUAGUGAUUCAGGGGUAGUAACUAUAGCUGGAGGAAAUUGGGCACGUGGGACAGGUCACAUUGAUGGUCCAAGUGAGAAUGCAAAAUUUUCAGAUGAUUUUGAUGUGAAAUAUGUUGCUAGUAGUUGCUCUAUUUUAGUAAUUGAUAGAGGAAAUCAAGCAAUUCGAGAGAUCCAACUUCAUGAGGAUGAUUGUUCUUCUUACCAAUAUGAUGGAGAACACCAUUUAGGAAUAGCAGUUCUUGGUGCUGCGGUGUUCUUUGGUUUCAUGUUAGCCUUGUUACAACGAAGAAUUUGUGCAAUGUUUUCAUCAGAAAGUGAUCCAAGACCAAAUAUGAGCAACAUUCCUCCUACAUAUCAAAGAUCGGUCAAAGUCAAAUCAGUAAGGCCACCAUUAAUUCCACCAGAAGAAAAUGAACUCGAAAAUGAAGAAGAAGAAGAAGAAGGUUUAUUUAAUUCACUUGGAAAACUUGUUAUCAAAACCGGAACAACUCUAUUCUCUAAUACUUCCAAAAAGAAAAAACUCCACCCCCAACUUCAAAUGAAUUACCAACAACCCCCUCAACUUUCCAACACUUGGCCUAUGCAAGAAAGCUUCAUGAUUCCCCAUCAAGAUGCUCCUCCACCGCUAGAAACCCCAAAACCAUAUGAGCCCACGGAAAGACCUCGACCUUCUAAGCAAACUCGGUAUCUUUACAAUGGGCAAAAUGGUCAAUACUUCAAUGUACAACAGCCAAUGCACCCAGUACAACAUCAACAUCGUCAACAACACCAUCAGAAACAUUAUUCAACAGGUCCCGAGACUUAUAUUGAGGAGAAAAGUGAAACAAAUGAGGUUGUUUUUGGGGCGGUUCAAGAGAAAGAGGGGAAGCGUGAGGCAGUGGUGAUUAAGGCGGUUGAUUAUAACAACCACCACCCGAAUUAUGGGAACCAAAAUGUCCGAUCAAGGUAUAACUACAUGGGUUAUGCAUAUGGUGAGUACUCGUGAUGAGUUUUUUCAUGUUUUGUAAGAACAUGUAUGAAUAUGAUAUCAUUAUAGUCUUAUAGGUAUGUUGUAGUAUACAAGUUUAAUGUUAUUCGUGUAGUUUGUAAUAUUUUAUUAUCCGUAGUAAAUUACGGUUUUAUGUUUGAUGUGAUAUAUGACUAUUUAUGGAUGAUAGGCGUUACACAAACACAACUUAGGUGGUGCAUGGUUUUUUGACAAAUCUCUUUUUGAGCACUUAUAUCUGCGGCAGGAAGACGUUUAUGCUUUGCACGUUCUCACAGACUGUUUGUCUUUUAGAAGACCUCAAACGUCUGCGCGUCCUCUUCUCCAAAAGUGGCUAUCAUGAUAGACACAAUUGACAAUGGUACAUGUGUCUUUUCACAACUUAAUCUUGCAAAAUUUUCCAUAUGUGAAGCUUCACGAAUUGCAAGGAAAAAUGCAUUCUUGGUCAAAUGGUCAAUAACGACCCAAAUCAUGUCUAGUGUCUAUUUUGUCUAGAAGACUCUCUACGGAUUAAAGCAAACUCUAAAAGAUUGGUACAACAUUGUAUAUGAGCAUUUUUGCUCUUGGGAUUCACAAGAAGCUUGUGUAAGGAUACUCUUCAUGUUAAGAAAAAAAGUAGACCUGUUGUUAUUGUA